CCGCGCCCGCGCCCCGCCGCUGAGCCGCCGCCGCCGGUAAAGGAAGAGGCGCCGGCAGCGUCGAUGACGGCGGCGUGAGGGAGGACGACGAUGCCCAAGGGCGGGAGCUCCAGGACGCCACAGCAGGGAGACGGCGCCCUCAGCAGCGACAUGGUGGAGAAGCCGGCCGGCAGGAAGGAUAAAGAUAAACUUUCUCUGACCAAGACCCCGAAGCUGGACCGCGGCGAUGGCGGCAAGGAGGUGAGGGAGCGGGCGAGCAAGCGGAAGCUGCCCUUCUCCGCGGGCGCCAAUGGAGAGCAGAAGGACUCGGACACAGAGAAGCAGGGUCCCGAGCGGAAGCGGAUCAAGAAGGAGCCGGUGGCCCGCAAGGCCGGGCUGCUCUUCGGCAUGGGGCUGUCGGGGAUCCGCGCCGGCUACCCCCUCUCCGAGCGCCAGCAGGUGGCGCUGCUCAUGCAGAUGACGGCCGAGGAGUCGGCCAACAGCCCAGUGGACACGACACCAAAGCACCCCUCCCAGGCGGCCGUGUGUCAGAAGGGGACGCCCAGCUCUGCCUCCAAGACCAAAGACAAGGUGAACAAGAGGAACGAGCGUGGGGAGACGCGCCUGCACCGCGCGGCCAUCCGGGGGGACGCCCGGCGCAUCAAGGAGCUCAUCAGCGAGGGCGCCGACGUCAACGUCAAGGACUUCGCAGGCUGGACGGCCCUGCACGAGGCCUGCAACCGCGGCUACUACGACGUGGCCAAACAGCUGCUGGCCGCGGGCGCCGAGGUGAACACCAAGGGCCUGGACGACGACACGCCCCUGCACGACGCCGCCAACAACGGGCACUACAAGGUGGUGAAGCUGCUGCUGCGGUACGGGGGGAACCCCCAGCAGAGCAACAGGAAGGGGGAGACGCCGCUGAAGGUGGCCAGCUCGCCCACCAUGGUGAACCUCCUGCUGGGCAAAGGCACCUACACGUCCAGCGAGGAGAGCUCGACCGAGAGCUCCGAGGAAGAGGAUGCCCCCUCGUUCGCCCCGUCCAGCUCCGUCGAUGGCAACAACACGGACUCAGAGUUCGAGAAGGGCCUCAAGCACAAGGCCAAGACGCCCGAGCCCCAGAAGGCCGCGGCCCCCGUCAAGGACGAGUACGAGUUCGAUGAGGACGACGAGCAGGACCGGGUGCCCCCCGUGGACGACAAGCACCUGCUCAAGAAGGACUACAGGAAGGAGGCCAAGGCCACCAGCUUCGUGUCCAUCCCCAAAAUGGACGUGAAGAGCUACGCAAAGAACAGCGCGGCCGCGCCGAAGAAAGCCGUCCACCGCAUCCUGUCGGACUCCUCGGACGAGGACGACGUGGGCGUGCCCGCGGGGCCGGCCGAGAAGCUGCGGCUCGCGCACGCGCUGCUGCCCGGCGGCAAGGCCCGGGAGCCCGCGCCCGCCAAGCCGCAGAAGGAGAAGAACAAGGUGAAGAAGAAGCGGAAGAAGGAGCCGAAAGGCAAGGAGGUGCGGUUCGGGAAGAGGAGCGACAAGUUCUCCUCGGACUCGGACAGCGAGUGCCCGGACAGCGGCGCGGACGACGCCGACUCGGUGCUCAGCUCCGGCGGCCUCAAGGAGUCCCCGCUGGUGCUGAAGGACCCCUCCCUGUUCAGCCCCCUGUCCGCCUCCUCCACCUCGUCGCACGGGAGCUGCGCCGCCCAGAAGCACGCGCCCGGCCUCUCGGAGCAGCACGCCAAGCACUGGCGCACGGACAACUGGAAGACCAUCUCCUCCCCCGCCUGGUCCGAGGUCAGCUCCCUGUCGGACUCCACGCGGACGCGGCUGACGAGCGAGUCCGACUGCCCCUCCGAGGGCUCGAGCGUGGAGUCGCUGAAGCCCGCGCGGAAGCGGCAGGAGCACCGGAAGAGGGGCGGCCUGCAGAGCGCGCUGCCCGAGAAGCGCAGCGCCGUCCACUCCAGCGCGGACGGCGCCAUCCCCAAGCUGGACAAGGAGGGGAAGGUCGUCAAGAAACACAAGAUGAAACACAAACACAGGAGCAAGGACAAGGGGCUGGGCCCCGUCGGCCAGGAGCUCAAGCUCAAGAGCUUCGGCUACGAGUACGAGGACGCCAAGCCGCGGGCGGACAAGGCCCUCCUGCUGGACAGCGACCUGCCCGCCGAGAGCAAGCUGCGGGCGCUCAAGCACGACCGCGAGCACUUCCGGAAGGAGGAGCGGCCCGGCAAGGCGAAGCCGGAGGACAAGGACUGGCUCUUCAGGGACGAGGGGGGCAGGGUCUGCAGGGAGGACAAGCCCCCCCGGAGAACCAAAGAGGCGGGCCGGGCCCUGCGCGAGGAGCGGGAGCGCGGCCUCCGCGCCGAGCGGGAGAAGCCGGCCAAGGAGAAGUCCCCGAAGGAGGAGAAGCUGAGGCCGGGCCGCGAGGAGAGGAAGAAGAAGCCCAAAGACAGAGCCGCCCGGCCGGACAGGAAGGGCGAGGGCAAGGAGGAGCGCGCGAGCCGCGAGAAGGCGCCGGCGCCCCGGCGGGAGAAGGCCUUCCGCGACGAGCCCGCCUUCGACGAGUACCGCGGCGCCGGCCAGUUCCUGGAGCCCGACGACGCCAAGUUCGGGCUCUCCGACGACCAGCAGGACCGCUGGCUCUCCGACCUGUCCGACUCCUCCUUCGACUUCCGGGGCGAGGACAGCUGGGACUCGCCCGGGACGGACUUCAGGGACCUCAAGGGCGACUCGGUGGCCAGGCUGAUCCUGGAGACGGUGAAGGAGGACGGCAAGGACCGCAAGCGCGAGGCCCGGGCCCGCGAGAAGCGGGAGCACGGGGAGCGGCGGGCCGAGCGGGACGCCCUCUUCAGGAAGAAGGAGCGGGACCCCCUGGACAGGAACCCCGAGAAGAGGCGGGAGCCGGCCGAGAAGCACAAGGGCCCCCCCGGCGGCCUCCCCGAGAAGGACCGGAAGCGCAGAGAGGCCGCCGAGGGCGGGCGCGACAGGAAGGAGGCCCUGGAGGGCGCCCGGGAGCGCAAGGACGGCAGGGCCAGGCCCGACGAGGCCUUCAGGGAGGAGCCCAAGGAGCUGGGCUGCGACGGCGUCUUCCGGGACCGGCCCGACGGCGACCCGGGCAGGAGCCUGGAGCCCUGGGAGCGGCACCACCCGGCGCGCGAGCGGGAGAAGCGGGAGAAGAGCAAGGCGGAGAAGCACAGGGACAAGUCCAGCGACAAGGACAGGGCCGAGAAGGCCGGCCCGGACAGGGCCCCCAAGGACAAGGACCCGGACAAGGGCUUCAAGGAGAAGAAGGACGCCAAGGACAAGCACCGGGAGCCCCACGGCCGGGAGCGCGAGCGGAGGGCGGCCCCGGAGCCGGCGCGGGAGCGGAGGGACAAGGCCCUCGCCGGCGCGGCCGCGGAGGACGCCCCCGAGAAGAAGGACGACAGGAAGGGCAAGGAGAAGAGCUGGUACAUCGCGGACAUCUUCACGGACGAGAGCGAGGACGACAAGGAGCCCUUCGCGGCGGCCGAGGCCGGGGAGGCGGCGCGGGCGGACGGCCCGCCCGAGCGGGAGGACGGCGACCGGCACCGCAAGGGCUCCGCCGACCGGCAGCACGCGGACAGGCAGAAGGACAAGGAGCCCCGGGAGAAGAGGAAGGAGCGGGGCGCGGCCGACGGGGGCCGGGAGCGGCGGGAGCGGGGCGCCGACCGGCACAAGGAGCGGCGGGAGAAGGAGCCGGCGGAGAGGUACAGGGAGCGCAAGGACCGGGCCCCCGCCGACGGCGCGCCCGAGAAGAGGCCCAAGCAGAAGCCCCCCGAGCGGGCGGAGCGCAAGGGCGCGGCCGAGGACAAGGCCAAGGGCCGGCACCGGGAGCACGGCCGGGAGCGGAAGGCCGCGCGGGCCGGCGAGCUGGAGCGCAGCCUGCUGGAGCGGCUGGAGGAGGCGGCCCUGCGCGAGGACCGCGAGGACUCCCACGACAAGGCCAGCGAGGCGUCGUCCGACAGCUUCCCCGAGCGCGGCCCCGACCCCGCGCUGAGCGCCCUGCUGGAGGCCGCCUUCCCGGAGCCGCCCGAGGAGCGGGGCCGCGAGCGCGAGCGCCUGCGCCACGCCUCGUCCUCCUCCAAGAAGAGCCACGAGCGGGAGCGGGAGCGGGCCCGGAAGGACAAGGCCGACAAGCGGGACAAGGCCGACGAGCACAAGGACCCCGGCGGCCGCAAGGACCCCGGCCCGCACGACAGGGACCUCCUGGACGCCGAGGCCUACGCGCUGGCCUACGGCGCCAAGGCCGAGCUGGACGAGGAGCCGGACAAGGCCGCGGAGCCGUUUCCCGCCGAGAAGAGGGAGAGGGGCGAGUCCGAGCGGGAGCCGGCCAAGAAGCCGGACAAGGAGCUCAAGCCCUUCGGCGCCGGCGCCCUCAGCCUCCUGCGGGAGAAGCGCCGGCGGGAGCGGCGCCGCGAGCGCUGGCGGGAGGAGAAGGAGCGGCACCGCGACAAGCACCACAAGGAGGAGCCGCGGCCCCCGGCCCCCGGCCGCGAGAAGCCCCGGGACGAGGGCCCGCGGCUCGGGGAGGCCAAGCCCAGGGACAGGCUCAAGGAGAACCCCGAGAAGGAGCGGGGCGACGCGGCCCGGCUGAGCAACGGGAGCGAGCGGCUGCCGCUGCCGCGGGACCCGGGCCGCAAGGACGCCCGGCCCCGCGAGAAGCCUGGGGACGGGGACCUGAUGAUGACCAGCUUCGAGCGGAUGCUGUCGCAGAAGGACCUGGAGAUCGAGGAGCGGCACAAGCGGCACAAGGAGCGCAUGAAGCAGAUGGAGAAGCUGCGGCACCGCUCCGGGGACCCCAAGCUCAAGGACAGGGCGCGGCCGGCCGACGACGCCCGCAAGAAGAGCCUGGACGCCUCCGCCAGGAAGCCCCCCGGGCCGGACCCUGCCCCGAAGGACAGGAAGCCCCGCGAGCCGGCGCCCGCCGCCCCCGCCGCCGAGGGCAAGCCCCUGCCCGCGCCCGCGCCGGACGCCAGGGACUGGCUGGCGGGGCCGCCCGCGAGGGAGGGCCUGCCCGCCUCCCCCAGGCCGGACCAGGGCCGGCCCACCGGCGUCCCCCGCGCCGCCCCGCCCUGCCCCGGCUACGAGGAGGCCAUGCACACGCCCCGGACCCCGUCCUGCAGCGCGGACGACUACCCCGACCUCAUGUUCGACUGCACGGAGCCCCCGCCCGCCCCCGGCACGGUCGCCGGCACCGGCUCCCCCUCCUUCUACGACCGGUUCUCGGCGGCGGCGGCGGCGGCCGGCGGGAUCUCGGAGACCCCCGGCCAGACGCCCACCCGGCCCCUGUGCACGAGCCUGUACCGGUCCGUGUCCGUGGACAUCCGGAGGACCCCCGAGGAGGAGUUCAGCGGGGACAAGCUGUUCCGGCAGCAGAGCGUCCCCGCUCCGGCCAGCUACGGCUCGCCGGGGCCGCUCCUGGAGGACAAGGCCCCCGGGCCCCCGGGCCCCGCGGACAAGUUCGCCUGCCUGUCCCCGGGGUGUUACUCGCCGGACUACGGCGCCGCCUCCCCCAGAGUGGACGCCCUGCACUGCCCGCCGGCCGCCGUGGUCACCGCCACCCCCCCCGACGGCGCCUUCUCCACGCUGCCGGCCAAGUCCCCGCCCGCACACAGAGACGCGCUGUCGGCCCCUUCCAUGGAGGGCGCCCUCCCCCCCGACGGGCAUCCCCUGGACGCCACGGAGGACCAGCAGGCCACGGCGGCCAUCAUCCCCCCCGAGCCCAGCUACCUGGAGCCCCUGGACGAGGGGCCCUUCAGCACGGUCAUCACCGAGGGGCCCGUGGAGUGGGCGCACCCUGCCGCAGAGCAGGCCCUGUCCUCUGGCCUGCUGGGGGGCGCCGCCGAGAACCCCGUCAGCUGGCCCAUGGGCUCGGAGCUCCUGCUGAAGUCUCCGCAGCGGUUCCCGGAGUCCCCGAAACACUUCUGUGCCGAGGAGCCCCUCCACGCUGCUGUUCCGGGGCCCUUCGGCCCCACCGAGGCCCCUUACCCGGCCUCCCCUGUCCCCUACCCUCUGUCCGUCCCGGAGCCCGGGCUCGAGGACGUCAAGGACGACUCUGGGGAGGCGGCGGUCCCCGUCCCCGCCUCCGAGGAGCCCACCCCCUUCGCCACCUCCUCCAGGCUGGAGUCCUUCUUCGGUGACUGCAAGGCGCUGCCCGACGCGCCCCCCGACGCGCCCCCCGAGCCUGCGUGCGUGGCCGCCGUGGCGCAGGUGCAGGCUCUGGGGGCCCUGGACGGCAACUUCCUGGGGAACGGCCACGGCCUGGCUGCCCUGGGCCCCGUGGAGGCCGUGCCCUGGUCGGACGCCUUCGCCGGCCCGGAGGACGACCUGGACUUGGGGCCCUUCUCACUGCCAGACCUUCCUCUCCAGCCCAAGGACGUCUCCGACGUGGGGGCAGAGCCUGCGGAAGGGAGCCCCCUCAGCCCUCCAGAGGACACCCCUGCAGGGCCCCCCGCCCUUGCGAGCGGCGGGGACGCAGCCUCGUCGGCCCCCGAGGAACAGCUCUUGCCGCCUCCAGAAGAGGCCCCCCGGCCCGAGCCCGACCCUCCCGCGGAGCCCGAGCCGGACGCGGCGCGGCAGGGAGCUGGGGAGGCGGGGGCUCUGCCGGACGAGCAGACCCCCGGGGAUGCCGGCCCUGGCUCGGGCCGGAGCCAGCCCCGCCCGAGCAGCUCCUGCCAGGGAGCGCGGACCAGGAGGCGAGGACCCGGAUGCCCUGGCCGCGCCCCGCUGCGCCCCGACCCUCCCGCAGACGCGGCUGACCGGGCCGGCCCCCACGACAGCGCCGGGCCGGAGGGGCCCCAGGGCGGCGUCCAGCCCGAAGCCGCGGACUCGGAGCCCAAGCCCUCGCCCGAGGCCCAGAAGGCCCCCCGCGUGGAGGAGGUCCCCCAGCGCAUGACCAGGAACCGGGCCCAGAUGCUGGCCAACCAGCACAAGCAGAGCUCGCCGCCUCCGGAGAAGGAGCCGGCGCCCGCGCCCAGGGCCCGGGGCCGGGGCUGCGAGGAGGACGAGGCCCAGGCCCAGCACCCGCGCAAGCGCCGCCUGCAGCGCUCGGGCCAGACGCUGCCGCCGCCGCUGCACCCGUCCACGCAGCAGACGCGGGAGGUGAUCCAGCAGACGCUGGCCGCCAUCGUGGACGCCAUCAAGCUGGACGCCAUCGAGCCCUACCACAGCGACAGGGCGAACCCCUACUUCGAGUACCUGCAGAUCCGCAAGAAGAUUGAGGAGAAGCGGAAGAUCCUCUGCUACAUCACGCCCCAGGCGCCGCAGUGCUACGCCGAGUACGUCACCUACACGGGCUCCUACCUGCUGGACGGCAAGCCGCUCAGCAAGCUGCACAUCCCCGUGAUCGCGCCCCCGCCCUCCCUGGCGGAGCCCCUGAAGGAGCUGUUCAAGCAGCAGGAAGCGGUGAGGGGGAAACUGCGCCUGCAGCACAGCAUCGAGCGGGAGAAGCUCAUCGUCUCCUGCGAGCAGGAGAUCCUGCGCGUCCACUGCCGGGCAGCCAGGACCAUCGCGAACCAGGCGGUGCCCUUCAGCGCCUGCACCAUGCUGCUGGACUCGGAGGUGUACAACAUGCCCCUGGAGAGCCAGGGGGACGAGAACAAGUCGGUGCGGGACCGCUUCAACGCCCGCCAGUUCAUCUCUUGGCUGCAGGACGUGGACGACAAGUACGACCGCAUGAAGACCUGCCUGCUGAUGCGGCAGCAGCACGAGGCGGCCGCGCUGAACGCCGUGCAGCGGAUGGAGUGGCAGCUCAAGGUGCAGGAGCUCGACCCCGCCGGGCACAAGUCGCUGUGCGUGAACGAGGUGCCCUCCUUCUACGUGCCCAUGGUGGACGUCAACGACGACUUCGUGCUGCUGCCGGCCUGACGCGCCCGCCCGUCCGCCCAGCACCGCCGCCCGCCCCGUCGGCGGGGACGCAGGGAGAGGCCGCCGUGGGAGCCGGGGAGCCGGCCCGUCCGCAGCCGGCUGCAGGACAGAGCACGAGGGCCCGCGUUCCGUCCCGGUCAGCGAAAGGAAGAACAUCCAGGCGCCCGCCCCUCCGACCCCGAGC